UUGUCGUGGUGGUGGGGCUCAGUAGCUACUAUUUUCGGUGGUGGGUGAAGCUAAGUAUCCUAGGCGGGUAAAUGGCUUUUACCCAAAAAAGUUUGGUACGUACGCGCUACCAACCAGUAAAUGUGGUUGAACGUUCUGCGCGUAAAUGCAUUCGGGUAACUUUUUGAGGAAAUUGGCAUUCCGGUCGUCAUACCAUUUCUAAUCAUUACCGGGAUGACUUUAUUUCCGUACUACUGUAGUGCGAAGUUGGCGUAGAAUCCGGGGGUGAUGUGCACUACAGUUUCCAAAAACUUUGCCAAGCAGCAUUGAAUUUAUAACUAUCCAGCAGCUUAUGUCUGAACAACCUAUAUAUUGAUAUACAGUGAGUUUUUUAAGACCCCAUAGGAUUUUACAUGUUAAUUUUUCAACCCCCUGUUACCUUUUAUUUUUGUAAAUAUUACAAAGCCUAGGCGCUGUUCUUUUAUUGCAUAGUACCGUUUUUUAGUUAUUCAUUUUGUGAUACCUAAAUGGUUAUAAAGCGAUAUUUUGGAAUGAAAAUAGCUUCCUUUCCUAAUUUCCUUGGGAUCAAAAUUACAAAUGACAUGAUUUUCGGCCUAUUAACAAUUUAAAAUUGAAGCAAACGGAAUUAGAAAAUACUUUUUGUUGGGAUUUUCUUUACUUGUUUAUUUCUAUAUACAGUCAGUUGGUUCUGGUGAAUGCAGCCAUUUUAAUGAGUAUGGUGUGGUGUGAAAGUGCCUUAAUUUAUCCGCAUAGUAUCGAUAUUUGACAGUGUGCAGUGCACUUCACUCUGCAGUAAAGCAAUGGUCUUUGGUAUUGGUAGUGUAGUGAAAAAUUUCUUUUAAGUUAAAUCCUUUUUUAAGUAUUUGUAAUAAUGCACCAUUUCUCAACAAGCUCUCGCAAUGCGCUAUCUUAAAACUCUAUGGACCAAUUCGAUAUACUACAUUCAAACGGAACUAUUGAUUUAAACGAUGUUUUAAGUACCAAUAAAAAUGAAAAGAAAAAAGCCGCUCGUAAGCGUUGGGCAAUUUUGGCAAAGGCUUUGAAGAGUCCAAGUGGAAGUGAACCGUCAAGUCCCACCGACGAGAUUUCUGUACGACGUAUAUCUUCCUUCAUGCUCUUAACUACGCAACUGCUCGACCAUUUUCCGCUCAGUUCAACAGACCAUUGCAUCACUGAUCAGAUAAGAAAACGUACUUGGUAUAAAUACUCGAUGAAAGUAGAUGACAGGGAAUAUUUCGUCAAUGUCGGCCAUAGAAUUCGUGCGUUCUCGGCCGAGGACUUAAUGGGUUUCAAUAAUACCGGAAAUAUUUGCGUAUGGCCAUCCGAGGAAACUUUGACUUACUUUAUGGGUGCUAACUUGAAUAUUGUAGAUGGUAAAACAGUAUUAGAAUUAGGCGGCGGAAUGUCCUGCUUGGCGGGACUUAUCUGCGCGAAAUACGGUGCCGCCAAGCAGGUUACUUUGACCGAUGGUAACAAAGUAUCUAUCGAAAAUGUACAAACUAGCUUAUAUAAUAACGAGUUCGCUUGUCCAGUUGCCUGUAACGUUCUGAAAUGGGAGGAGUGCGUUGUCAAGGAGAAAUUUGAUGUAAUUUUAUGUGCAGAUUGCUUGUUUUUUGAUGAAGGGAGGAUUCAUUUAAUUAAAUGUUUAUGGGACGUAAUGUCAUCCGAUAGUUUAGCACUUGUUAUGGCUCCACGACGGGGCAAUACCUUAGCAAAGUUUAUAUCACAUGCACAGAAAAAAGGUUUUACUUGUAGAGAAAUAUUAAAGUAUAACAGUGUCGUAUGGGAGAAGCAUUUGGCUUUAUUAGACAAUUGCGAGUACGACGAAAACAUUCAUUAUCCUAUACUGAUUGAAGUGACCAAAACCCAAGUGGCCUUAGAUUCGUAGUUAUACCAAGUACACUGAUGAAUACUCGAAACCAAAUUUUGCACAUUAGUCCUUAAAAGAAGAUCUAGUCUAAUAAUUAUUUGUGACCUACUUACCUUGUCUGUGAUAAAAAAUACCAAUUUCCUUAUUAUAUUAGUAGAUAGAAUGUGAAAUUUGCAAAUGCGCUCAUAGAUUAUUAAAGUAAAUGUAUACAGGGUGUUCACAAAGUAUUUUCAACACAGAUGUUUCUCCGAUCCACCAAUUCGGAUUCCAAAGUACUUCACUUUAUUAUAAAUAGUAGUUACUAAUACUUAUAUUCGGUAUAAUUAUGCACACACUUAGCCUCUUUAAGCUAUGAACAUGCCACAUAAAUCAAUUUUUCUGACGUAAAUGGCUUCCAUUAUGCGUACUUGAUUUUUGUGCUUACUUUUGAAUUUUAUUUUUUGUGUAUUUAGAUUCUAUCGGCCAACUGCUAAAAAGUUCCUGAAAAUCGCUCUGCAAAAGACCAUACUAUGGAAAUAAAAAAUAAGAUAAAGUGAAACAACCGUACUUAAUGAAAGAAGAUGUUUGAUAUAUUUCGAUGUUCAGUGUUUUUUUUGUUGUUAAUUUUUUUUUCUUUUGGCAACUCUGGUUGAAGUGUAAACCAAUAUAAACAGGUAUUAUGAGUUAUUUGCAACUCAGUAGCGUAAUCUGAGAACCCGGGGCAUCAGUCAAGGCAACUGUCAGACCUCCCUCUGUAUAGUAACAUUGGAAUAUCUUACUAGUCACACAAUUUACGGGUAAAAAAAUUUUUAUUUAGUAAAAUUUCUAUAGGUGCUUAGUAUUUAUUAUCUUGGGGCGGAGUUGAGCAGAGACGAGACAUGUUACGUGCGGAAGAGAAAGAGUGGGGUUAUUAAAUUGCUUCUAAUUGUUUGCUCAUUUUUAUAUCCUUUCUUGUUUUUGGGAAGAGUUUAAAUCAUCAUAGCAAAGCUGUUAUUAUCAGCAAACAGAUGACGGUUUACUUAUUGUUACUUCAAUGUUAGAAUGAGUUACAGUGCCUACAGUUUAGAAUGAUAUUAAAUUAAUUUUCUAUUUCUCCCAACAACUGAGAUAUCAAUGGUAUCUUCAUUUUAUUUCGUGCUCCGCGUCCCAUUUUUAAUAAGAAUCACAGAAAGCAUAAUCAAUUGUUUCAUUUUAUCUACCUUUGCCGUUAAAGUGAUCAGUUUAUCUACCUGUCUGCUAAAGAGAGACUUGCUAUACUCAUUCAAACCUAUUAAAAUGUCAAUUUUACAACUGCUGUAAAAUUAAAGGUAUAAAAUAGUAGUUCCGUAGAUCACAGGGCCUACAAAACUGCAGAAUCUCAGGGCUUUCCAUAAGACCUGGGUGGAGUUACGCCUCUGUUACAGCUUUAUCGUUGUACAAACUACAUUUUUGAUCUACCAGUUUCCUAUGAUGUAUUAGAUGAAUGGGAAUGUUAUGAACACAAAACUGUGUCCAAGAUAGGGGUGUCUAUGACGAUGGUUAAAUUAGAAAAAAGAUGCGAUUAAAGUGUUAUUAUCAUGUUUUAAAAAAUCCAUGUGGCUACUUUCGAAGAUAUGCCAAAAAACCGAAAUUUAGCGAUUUCGUUUUUAUUUUUUUCUGACGUUAUUUAGAACAGAUACAAAAAAUAAAAAACACUUUCUCAUUGCCACUUUUUGGGCUCUACAAGACACUGUUGAGAGAUUUUCAAUACAAUGUUUCGUAAAUUUGUCUGAUAGGUAUUCUCUUCUCGCAUGAUUAGGGCGUUGUGCGCGGGUGCACCAUCCUGUUGAAACCAACAGUUUUCAUCUUUUGUUUUCUUUUGUGGCGUAUAUCGUUGAAUUCGUAAUAAAAAUGCUACUCAAUACAGUGUGCAUUU